GGGCAUGGGGGCGGCGGGCAACGGACAAACGGACAUGGGGACAAAUGGCCCCGGAGCUUCAGUUGCUUCAGUUGCAGCAGCAGCAGCAGCAGCGAAAGAAGCAGUUUUGUCGAGUCCCUCUUGCAUCUCCUCUUCCUCUCCCGCUGUCCUGCAGCCUCUCCCGCUCUCCCUUUCCCGGUGUCCUCUCCUCUCCCAGUCUACCUCUCCCCCUGCCCGGCUGGGCCAUGCCCCAGGCCCACCCCGGGCCCCAGGCGGGGCUGCCCCGUCCCCAUACCCGGCCGUCCCGCCGCAGUCUCCCGGGCCCUGCAGAGGACACAGGCGGCACGGCCGCUCCCGCCGCCUCCGCUGCGGCUUCCCCGGCCCAAGCUCCGCCGCUCGGCAGCGUGGCUGCCGGCCCCGAGCCACCGCUGUCCCGUUGCCAGGAGCGAACGCCUGGGGAUGGCCGGCCCAGGCCGGUCAGAGGGCACUCGGGGGCCGCUCCUGGCCCCGGGCCGAGCGCUGAAAGCCGCGUCCUGCCCCCAGGGAAGGCGCAGGAGGCCCUGCAGGAGUGGUACCGGCUGGGUUCGCUGCUGGGCCACGGCAGCUUCGGAAGUGUCCUCGCGGCCACGCGGCUUUCGGACGGCGCCCCGGUGGCCAUCAAAAGGGUGCCGCGGGAUCGCAUCUGGCACUGGGGUGAGCUGCCUGACGGCACCAGCGCACCCCUGGAGAUUGUGCUGCUGGCCAAGGUGGCCUCUGGCUGCGCUGGUAUCAUUCAGCUCCUGGAGUGGCUUGAGCUCCCCGACAGCUUCUUGCUGGUGCUGGAGCGCCCGGAGCGGUGCCAGGACCUGUCGGGUUUCCUGGCGGAGCGGAGGUUCCUGCCGGAGGAGGAGGCGUGGGGGCUGUUGCCGGUGCUGGAGGCCGUGCGGCACUGAACCAGCUGUGGGGUCCUGCACAGGGACAUCAAGCCCCAGAACAUCCUGCUCGACCUGGCCACCGGGCACAUGAAACUGAUUGACUUUGGCUGUGGCGCCUUCCUCCAAGACACAGCCUACACCCAGUUUGCAGGAACCCUGUCCUACAGCCCACCAGAGUGGAUCCACCACCAAUGCUACCACGGCGAGGCAGCGACGAUCUGGUCCCUGGGCCUCCUGCUGUACCACCUGGUCAUGGGGAAGCACCCGUUCAGGAGGAGCCAGGAGAUCAUCUGGGGGCAGAUCUUGUUCCCACAAUGGCUCUCUCAAGAAUGCCAGAAUAUCAUUAAGAGGUGUUUGUCCAUGCAGCCCUUGGACAGGCCAUCCUUAGAAGAGCUUUUCCGUGAUCCUUGGGUGCAGGGUGUUCCUCUGCCCUAGAGGAUGGGAGAGUUCCCCGUGCACAGUUGGAUCCAGGGGCCUGGCAGGUAACAGCUCCACGCAUCUCUUGGCAAUCAGUGGCAAAGCCAACCAGACAGGUUUUGUCCUGCCUGUAGCUCUGAGCAGGGGUCAGCAGAAGGAAACAGCUCUUGGACUGGAGCUGAGCUGGAGACCUGGUGUGGCAAGCACUGGCGGCUACCAUCCUUCGGGUUUUGCUUGUCCUGGUUCACUGACAGCUGGAGCCCUGGGAAGAACCCUGAGAGCCUGGUCUGGCCCCAGGGAAGCAGAAGGAGCUCCUGGAGAAGCUGUACCAGGUAGGACUGCUGCUGGGGCUGGGGCAGCCAGCCCGACACAAACCAACCCCCAUGGUGGGAGCACAGGUAGGACUUCAGAACCUGUGCAGGGGCUGCUUUGCUUUGCCGGCAAGGAAGGGCUUUGGUUGCUCCACUGCCCUUGUUUGCUUUGAGAUCACCGUUAUUUUGGGGGGCAGUGCAGGGGGGAAGGGAGAAAGCCUGGGCUUCCCUCACCUGUGGGUGGGUUUUUCCCUAGCAUGCAGGGGUUGGGCCUUCCUUAAGCCCCUGACAGAGUGUCCAAGACUGAGCACCAAGAUGUUUCCUAUUACCAUCCGAGUAGCAGUUGCAUCUGGACAGUUUUCCUUAUCUCCUGUUAAUAGGCCCAUCAAUGUCUUGCCACAUGACUCAGAGAUAACACUCUCCAGGAGCCAGUUCUGUUUACCAGGUGAUUAAGGACACACCUCGUGACUCAGAAUAACAUCAGCCCAUUGUGAGAUGCUCCGCCCAGGGGGAGAAGCUAGGCAUUCCCACCUGGAUAAAUCCAGGGAUUUCUAGACAGAAAGGCAGCCUUUCCACAGGUUUCCGAGAAGACACAGCAACCACAUCUGCCACUCCAGGAGGACUGCAGCCACUCCAAUUUGGACUGCUACCAGCACACUGGUCAAAGGGGUGUCAGGUUGUAUUCUGACUUUGUCAGUGGUCUUCCUUUUGUAUCACUGCAUGUAUUUUUGUCUUUUUUUCCCUUUUCCCAAUAAAUUGUAUUUCUGACUUGGAGUCUCUCACUGGUUUUGCUUUCAAACCAGAACACAAAGAUACGAUUUUUGACCUUUUUUCUUGUUUCCCCUUUUUGUCUGUAAUCUAUUUUGAAUAAUUUGGUUUUUUUUCUAGAGGAAGCGUUCUAGGUGGGGUCCAGUCUGGAUCGGGAAGUGCUUGGGAGCAGCGGCAGCGUGGAUGGGCCGUGCCCUUGGAGAAGGCUGAGGACAUCGUUUGGGACCAGCUUUUCUUCCAGCGGUGGAUGGCGUCAGCCGGGCUCUGCGGGUGCUGAGGCUGCUCUGGGCUCUGCCAGGGCUCUGCUGCAGCUCAGCACCGGGCCAGAAUCAGCCAAAGAAGAAAUGGUGUGACCUGCAGCACAGACUUGCUUGAACAUUUCAGCAACAGAGCUCAAGUUUGCAGAGUGUACACCUCCCAGGGAAAACAUGCCACCACCCAAAAAUUAAACUUGUUCAAUAGCUUCUGAAAUGAAA